AUGUGCGGGCGCUACGCUCUGGGCGUGCGCUUGGCAUACAUCCAACAGCAGCUUCAGGAACAUGGCAUGCAAGUAGACGAAGCGCCAGAUGACGAUGAGGUCCGCGAGACAUACAACUUUGCACCAGGCAGCUUCGGCGCGGUCUACCGUGCCGACAUCGCUGACCCUCAUUCUCGCUCCGACCGGGACACAGAAGCGCACCGGGAACGGCGUGAAGACCUCCCAGAACGAGAGAAGCAUGAUGAUCGGGAUACCAAUGAACCCGUAGAUACAAAACAGCCCAAAUACAAACUUCAGAGCAUGAAAUGGGGCCUCAUUCCGUUCUGGACGAAGCGACAGCCCGACUACGGCUCUAUGUUGCGCACCAUCAAUUGUCGCGAUGACUCAUUGAUCGAAAACCGGGGCAUGUGGACGUCCAUGAAACAGCGCAAGCGCUGUAUUGUCAUCUGCCAAGGCUUCUACGAAUGGCUAAAGAAGGGUCCAGGGGGCAAAGAGAGGGUCCCGCAUUUCGUCCGGCGCAAGGACGGAGACCUGAUGUGCUUUGCCGGGCUGUGGGAUUGCGUGAGAUACGAAAACACCGAUGAGAAGCUAUACACGUACACCGUGAUCACAACCUCCUCGAAUCCAUAUUUGAAGUUCCUUCAUGACCGCAUGCCUGUUAUCAUGGACUAUGGAAGCGAGGAGAUGAAAACAUGGCUCGACCCUAGCCGAAAGACCUGGUCGAAAGAAUUGCAAUCAAUUCUUAAACCUUACGAAGGCGAGCUCGAGUGCUAUCCCGUCUCAAAAGAAGUCGGCAAAGUUGGCAACAAUUCACCCGAUUUCAUUAUCCCCGUGAACAGCAAGGAAAACAAGAGUAAUAUUGCCAACUUUUUUGCUAAUGCCAAGGCGAAAGAGGUGUCUCCGAAGAAGCAAUCUGGUAUCAAGGGUGAAAAAGACGAAGAACGAGAGGACACCGCCGAGCAUGGGGUCAAGAGAGAGCACAGUCCGGACACAGCGAGUGCCAAUGACGAAAGCAAGAAAGCAAAAAUACAUCAGGUCCCAGCCGCGCCGUCGCCGCAGAAGUCCAAAAUGCGCAGUGCAACGCGCAAUACGCCCACAAAGAAGGCCAGCACGUCAAAGCCGCCGGACGGAUCACAACGAAUAACAAACUUUUUUAAGAAAUGA